CCCACACGUUAACACAUUACGUUUUGUUUUUUAUUCUCGUGCCUGAUCUUAUCUUUGGUUUUGUUCUUGAUUUCUCUUUUCAGAUUCUUGAAUUGCAAUGAAGGGAAUGAAGGAGAGAUUGGCCAAGAAAAUCAAACUCAUCACCAUUGUAUCAACCUUGAAGCAAGGCCUAGCUCAUCACAGGAACAACGUUGAUCGGACAAUCCAUCAUCUAAAAGAGGAAAUAGUCGUUGAGUCUGGUCAAAACAGAGGAUGUGUUACACCAACACUACCAGAGAUUGAAGAUGUGGAAGAGCAAGAACAAGAACAUGAUCUUCAAGAAGAAGAAAGAGGAAUUCUCUUGGAGUUUGAAGAGAACUGCCCACCUGGAGGAGAAGAUUCGAUCGUAUUCUACACCACGGGACUACGAGGAGUGAGGAAAACAUUUGAAGCCUGUAGAAGAGUAAGAUUCUUGUUGGAGAAUCACAGGGUGAAGUAUAAAGAGAGAGAUGUAUCGAUGGACUCAGAGUUUAGAGACCAGAUGUGGAGGUUGCUUGGGGGUAAAGUUACAUCUCCGAGACUGUUCGUUAGAGGUAGGUACAUUGGAGGAGCAGACGAAGUUGUGGCAUUGAACGAGAACGGGAAGCUCAAAAAGCUUCUAGAAGGGAUCUCAUUAGUUGAUUCUCCCUGUGAAUGUUGCAAGAACGAAAGGUUUUUGAUAUGUUCUAGUUGUAAUGGAAGCUCUAGAUUGAUUGUAGAGCACCAUGACGAAGAAGAGACUAGUAAUGAUAGUAAGAUGUGGACGAGAUGCAGAGAAUGUAAUGAGAAUGGGCUUGUGAAAUGUCCUCUUUGUAGUUAAUGUUGUUGUAAUAACUACUACUAUCUGAUUUUAACUUUGUUUAAUUAAUGUCUGAACAUUACCAUGGUUCAAAACAUGUUCUUCUGUAUAAGGAUUUGCCUAGUCGUUUGUA